GUGAGCAGAACCCCCGUACAAAUGCCCAGUCGAGCUCACGUAUUUUUCUCUGGAAACCGAGCCAACCGCCACCAAUUUACAUAUACCACCACCAAUCCCGAGAAAAUGCCUCGACAUAAUCGAGAAACUUCACCUUUAAAUUGGACGAGAGAGACUAUCCGAACGUCCAGUGUCACUCGAGCGGAUAGCGCUGCGAGGAGUUUGAGUACCGGACGCACCAGUAGCCACCGCCGGACGGCCAGUCAGAGCGAGGUCGCUCCCAAACUUGGAGGUCGUGCUGCGUUGUUAUUGUUUAUUGCCAUUCUGGUCGCGUUCGUCGUCCAGAGUUCUGCCACUCAGAUGGUCUCUGACAAGCCAACAUCUUAUUACAUCUCUCUGAUGCUACACACAUUCCGCAUCAACUUUCCCAUCACCACAAACUUGAAUGUGAGUGCCUCUCUACUCUUACUAGGCUGUACUAACUCCCACCAGGCUUCACCUUCCUCUUUCCUCACUCAGAAAAUAGUAACCGCCAUCCUACUCACGAUCGCCAUCGCGCUUCCCGGUCUGCUAUGGUACAUUGCUGUCUCCCUCGGUCCCUCCAUCAGCGACGUCACCGCCAUAUGGAACACGAGCGCACUCUGGGCCUACAUCCUCUCCGUCGCCAUGUUACCCGUCGAUUUUGGAACAGAGGCGCCCUCGGCUUGGUGGAGGAGAUUGGAGUUGCGCAAAUUGGUCGUCAUCGCCAUGGCAUGUGCGGGUGUGGCCGUCGUCGUGUACUCCGGAUCCGAUGCUUCUUCAGAUAAAAAGGAUACGUCCGACGAGAAAAACAAGUCAGAGGUAUCGGCACCUCUUCUUGGUAAUCUGUUGACGGUUCUUGCUUCAGUGCUCUAUGCGCUCGUUCAA